ACAGCCCACAUGCAGGAUGGCUGUGCCCCCCCCCCACUCACUGCCCCUGGAGGCUAUGAUCCUGACCACAUAGCAGUCGCUUCCCAACUGUGGGAUGGUAUCUGUGCUGUGAUCGAGGUGACCCAGGACUACAGAGCUCCACUGGACCUAGACUGAGACCUCGUGACCUAGCAGGAUUUUGUUAGAUGCCCGGCCACUGAGGGGCGCCAUUGAGAGCACGAGGGAGAAGCAGGGGGGCAGUACCGGCGUGAUGGAAGCCGCGGUUCUGGAGUCCAAGGCCGUGCGGAUCGCCCGCUACAAGGCGGAGCGGCGGAGGCAGCUGGCGGAACAGUACGGCAUCAUCGAGGAGCUGCCACCCAAGCAUGUGAGGAGGGAAGCCGGCGAGGUCCCGGAGACGACCGGCACUGGAACUGACAGCCCAGGCAGGCUCGAUGGGGGCAGAGCUGCCCUGGAUGAUUCAGAACCCCUGGUGGAGGAAGCGUACACCCCAAAUAUUUCCAAUGGAAACCAUACCAUUGGGGGAGUGGCUAGCAGGGAGGUGUCUGAUGGCUCCGGCGGCCCGCAUGACAGUGGAAACCGCUCGCCGGAACCUCUGGCCGGUCACGUGCCGCAGCUGCAGACGCGGGUGUCCGUGGGCCACCUGAGGAGCACGCUGAUGCAGCAGACCCGCGGCAGGAUCCCGGGCCACAGCAUGAGCGCGGAUGGUGGUUGUGUCUCCUCCUCCCUUGACCUGGCCGCGAAGCCCGGGUCCGAGGGGAGGCGCCGCCCUCGGCGAUACCUCCCAGAGGGUGACGGCGUGGGCCGCAAGACCAGCGAACGCUUCCGGACCCAGCCGGUCACGGCCGGCGAGAUGCAGGACAGCCGCGGCUCUUUGGAGAUCGACAAGCUGGAAAAUGUGGGAGCCGAUGUGAAAUCUGAUGACAAAGCCGAGAUGAGUGUCGCUGCCAAGAUGUCUCUGUUUAAAGAGCUGGAGAAGACGGCUGACGCUGAGAGCGGCUUCAUUCCGCGGCCUCAGGAGCGCCGGGCUCGCCGUGCGGCCGGACAGAGGGCGCUGACGCAGCUGGUCACCGGCGCGGAUGUGGCAGAGGCCGCCAGUCUCUCCAAGGCAGCAGCCCUGGAAGAAGUCGCAAGCAAGGGGGCCGGUCAGGAAGAGCAGCUGCCCGAAGAAGAGGACGAAAGCUCCAAGCUCUCCAUGAGCGAGAAGCUGGCCCUUUUCACCAAGCUGGCCCAGCCGGCAGACAAGGCCAGCCCCGCACCUGGCGUGCCGGAGAGACGGCGCCAGAAGGGGGCGCGCUAUCGCACGCAACCCAUCACCCUUGACGAGGUGGACCUGCUUCAGAAAAGUCCCUUUAGGUUGCCUCCCCUGCACCUUUCCAGCCAGCUCUCUGAUAGGCAGCAGGCCCUGUCCAUCAACCUGAAGCCCAGUGAGAUUCGUGAACAUUUGCCCUUGCCCAGUGAGCAACCUGAAGAGCCCUGUCCACCAUUGGAGGAAUCCAUAAAUCAGCAGAAAUCAGAGUCACUGGAAAUAAAGGGAAUCUUGAAAAAAAUUGGGGAGACUGCGUCCUCAGUCUGCUGCGUGGUUCUCCAAGAACAGUUGAAGGCAGAAGCUGAAAUCGACCAGCAGAGGGUGCCAGAGAUGUCGACGCAGGAUCGAGGAACAGAGGAACUGAAGGAAGAGAGAGCAGGGCAGGGUGCAGGAAAUGGGGCUGGAACUCACACUGCUCUAAGGGACAGUGGAAAAAGGUUGACAAAUACCACUGUACCAGCAUCUACCGCCCCCUGGAGGCAGAGGGGAGGAUCUGCGGUUUCCAGUUCAAGGGAACAUGUGAGAACCACCUUGUCCAGUCAGAGGGGAGUGAACAAUAAUAUUGAAGGCAGCCCAAGGGACUCCGACAGAGACAGGCUGACAGACCGUAAGGAAGGGGAACUGAGAGAGGGUGACGUCGAGAAACAGGCCCCACCGUCUCCGACUCAAUGCUGCCUGGAGGCUGACAAUGCCCGGGCGCCGAAGGCUGACAGUGAUAUUGCCAGUGAUUCCCCUGGCUCCGCCCUUUGCUGGGAACCUGUCCUCUCCUCCAUCUUCACAUCCGCUAACAGCACAUCGCAGUAUGUGAUCCGUUACAACGAGACCACCCAUUCCUACGAGGCGCAGGUGGUGACCUCUGCAGGUCCAAAAGACUCCCAAGCUCCCUCGGGGUCAAAGCUGCUGUUGACUGCACAGGUUGCUCUACCUGACGUGUCCAUGUUGGAGUUUGCACAUGGCCUGCAGGAGCAAGAGGAGCAUCGCAGGACCAAGGGUGAGGAGACCUCCAGGAGAUCCGUGUUGUUCACCGGGCAGACGGACCUGAGAGCCACUGGGCACCUGGAGACCUCUAUCAAGGUCACUGCAGAGACCGUGAAGGAAGUGAUGACUCUGGACAGUCAGGAGACCUUUGGCUGCUUCUACAGUGCUGUGACCACCUCCUCCAUGAGCUCCAGUGUCUCUGUCAGCAACGAGCAAGACUUUGGUGCCAUCUUUCAGUCUGACACGCCAAAACUCAGAUCUGCAGUGGCGGAGCACAAGCGUUCCGUGCGUCCAAAUCGGAAGACCCAGGCGUCCCGGAACCCCCUGCGGGCUCUGGCAGCGCGGGACGACGUCCGGCAGGAGUACACGGAGCAGCGGAUCACCGCGGUUACCCUGGACACGGAGAGGGUGCAAGUGAACAACACAUCACGGUCAUCACUAGCAAUCCUAUCUGGUGAGGAAAACUUCUGCAACAUCAGUCUACAAAGAGCCAACUCUACUGAGGCAGAGACCGGCAACGGCACCCUCCCAUUCAGUGAACUAAUGCUUAUCCACAUAAAAGGGCGACAGCACGUCCAGGUGCGGCUAGUAGAGCCGGCAGCUCGAACCCUGAACAGCGGCGAUUGCUUUCUGCUUGUGACACCUACACAGUGCUACCUAUGGAUCGGCAAGUCUGCCAAUGUCGCCGAGAAAGGCAAGGCCUCGGAAAUGGCAUCCCAUGUGCUGUCGAGGCGGGACUUGGGCUGCCGGGCUCCCCAGGUGACUGUCCUGGAGGAGGGGGGCGACUCGGACGGCAGCCUGGCCACAGAGUUUUGGAGCCUGCUGGGGGGCCGGGUGGAGUACAGAGGCGCAGGCCAACCAGACGAGGACGAGGCCUACGAAAGCGGGGUGGUGGAGUCCAACUGUGCGUACCGUCUGGUGACGGACCGGCUGGUCCCUGUGGAGGAGGCCUGGGCCUCCAUGCCCAGCGUGUCCCUGCUCAGCUCCGCAGCGGUGCUCGUGUUUGACUUUGGCACCGAGUUGUACGUGUGGCAUGGCAGCGAUGCCCUCCAGAGUGACCGGAAGCUGGCACUGCAGCUGGGCAGGCAGGUGUGGGGGGGGGGCUAUGACUACAGCAACUGCAGAGUCAACCCACUGGACCCCCUAAACUGCAGCCCGAGGAUCCAACGGCAGGGUGUGGGGCGUCCCCGCUGGGCUCUGUUUGGGCUCCUGAUAGAGCACCACGAGACAGUUCUCUUCAGGGAGAAAUUCCUGGACUGGGCAGAGCAGAAUGACAGCGUGGAGGAGGACCCGGGGGAGGAGACCGGCCAGACUGAUGAGCUGCAGCCUUGUGACGUAAAGGCCCUGCUGGUGGGCGGAGCCGGGAGUGGGCAGCAGGCCAGGGGGUGUGGCCUGCCGGUGGAGGCGGACCCUGUAGACGUCUGGCACGUCGGGGAGUCGGGCGAGCGGCUGCUGCUGCCCGAGGGUGUGGCUCAGCUCCACGAGGGGGACGCCUACGUGGUCAGCCGGAGGUGCUCCGUCACCAGGGAAGGGGGCCCAAGCUGUGGGGCUUUUGGGACGGAGCACGGCGCCUGCUUCCUGUGGCGGGGCCGUCACGCGACGAAAGACUUGGAGACAGACAACCACAAGGGGGCGCCGGUGCUUGUUCCCCAGGGAAGGGAGCCUCCAUCCUUCCUGCAGCUCUUCCAGGGAGGCCUGGUCGUCCACAGAGGGAGCCGCAAGGACAGUGCCGACAAGAGAGGUGGUUGGCGUUUGUUCUGUGCACGUGGCAACAUCGAACCCGAGGCCUCCCUGGCGGAGGUAGAGUGUUGCUGUGCUAGCCUGCGGUCCCGUGGUUCUCUUGUUCUGCUCUGUGCCCACCAGGGGGCGGUGUACUUGUGGCACGGCUGCAAGUCCCACAGCAUCACCCGAGAUGUAGCCAGGAGGGCUGUAGAGCGCCUCACGCAGGUUUGCCCCCCCGAGCUAGGUCUGAGCAGCAACAGCAGGGUGCGGGUGCAGGAAGUAGAAGAGGGGGCGGAGCCAGCUGAGUUUUGGCGCGCCCUUGGGCAGCAGGACAGGAAGGCCUACGACUGCAUGCUCCGAGAUCCCGGCAAGUACAACUUCAUACCGCGCCUGUUUCAUCUGAGUGCGUCCUCAGGCGUCUUCAAGGGGGUGGAGCUAGUAAGCCCCGCCCACGUGGGAGGGACAGCCGUGGCCACGCCCUUCCUGCAGGAGGUCCUGUACUCAGUGCCACAGCCAUCCCUCUUCCUCCUGGACAACAGCAUGGAGGUGUACCUGUGGCAAAGUGGGGGGGCGAGUGAAGCGGGUCGUGCCGGCUCGGUGCCCGUCCGCUGGGACGAGGAGCGCAAGUGCGCCAUGAAGACGGUGCUUCAGUACUGCAAAGAGCGCAACCCGCAGCGCCCCCCGGAGGCGUACCUGAUUCAGGAGGGUUCAGAACCCCUCACCUUCACCAACAUCUUUCCCCAAUGGGAAAGGAAUCCGGAGCUGCAGGGGGAGGUGCUGUGUGGAAAGGUGACGCUGGUGCGGGACGCUUUAGCCAGGCUGAGCAAGUCCCAGUUCCUGGGGGAAGAGCCACCUGACAGGCCACAAGCCAAUGGAGGGGAUCCCCACCCAGUCCAAGACUUCCAGGCAGGAUCCUGCAACCACUCUAUACAAUAUCUAUAGCCAUCCUUCAGAUCAGAGACGGUGUUGGAGGCGAGGCGCGAUGCAGUCGACUCUCUCCAGAGCUGGAAACAAACCCAGCAGAAGAAAAGCGAAGGUCUCUUUUGAAAAAGAGCCAAAAUAUACUGUCGUGGCAUAUGUCCGUUUAAAGAAAUAUUUAGCAUAGAAGACCACUCACUUUUGUAUUUUUUAUUCUUUGGGGAAGAGGCACAUUUUCUAGUUAACGAAGAAGGUUCAGAUGUACAGUGUAUAACUGAGCCUUUGUUAUAAAGAGUCUCUUGUUAUUUUUUUGGCUUCUUUCACCACCCUUUCAUCAAGCUGAUUAUUUCUGGCAGUUGCUGGUGAUCAGUGACUGUUUCCAAGCGCGGCCACUUGCACGGCCCGUGAGCUUAGAAUCAAGGUCCCCCACUAGCUUAAAGCAGUGUUUCCUAAUCCAGUCCUUUUCACAUUUUUGCUCCCUUCCAUCUUGCAGCACACCUGUACCAGGUAUUCAGUGUCCUUGAUUGGCUGGGAGCUGGGAGGGAGCAAAAAUGUGAACUGUCAGUGGGUCCCCAAGGACUGCGUAAAGAACCAGCUUCUUUUCUACCUUGUUUUCUGAACUUCUGGUCUCGGGAGGAAGCAGGUCAGACGAACGGCUGCUCCACACACAUGGCCGUGGCAGAAGAUCCUGAAGUGACACGUCUUUAACAGAUCCGCCACCAGCUUGUUCUCAUCCCAACGGUCCUUUUAUCUCUUUAAACUCCAACGAACCUUAUUCGAUACUACAUUAAAAAUCUGUAGCUUUUCAAAGAAAUAAUGUGUAAAUUUUCAAGGUUCAGACUUGUGUAUGCAUUUCUGUGUAGCUCUAAUAGUUCAGAUUAACUGUAUGGUUAAUUUAUAUUUUACAAACAUAAUAUAUUUAUAAAAUUUGUCAGUUUUCAAAAUAAUCUCAUCAUUAAUGUAACCAAAUAGAAUGAAGUUGAUACAUGUGAAUUAAUAAAUGAAAUUUAUUUCCAUACAAAAUAUAUAGAACUAAAAAAUACAUAUUGUCAAAGCUCUA